AUGGAAGAACUUGUUGGUAACGUUCCUGGUGCAAGACAGGUAUUUGAACGCUGGAUGGAAUGGGAACCUGAUGAGCAGGCUUGGAAUACUUUUAUUAAUUUUGAAAUGCGUUAUAAAGAGAUUGAUAGAGCUCGGAAUAUUUAUCAGAGAUUUUUACACGUUCACGGCCAUGAUUUCCGUAAUUGGGUUCGUUAUGCACGUUUUGAGGAACGCAAUGGUUCUAUUGACAAUGCUCGCGCUGUUUUUGAACAAAUGCUUGAAUUUUUUGGAGAAGAUGGACUGAAUGAGCAAAUGCUUGUUGCUUUUGCACAUUUUGAAGAACGGCAAAAAGAAUUUGAACGUGCCCGGAUAAUUUAUCAAUAUGGCCUAGGUAUGUGGUAG